UUUAUCUAUUCGGCACUUGACGCCCUCGCCUAAUUCUUUUCCUCCACUUUAUUUUUUAUUUCUUGGUUGUGGAAAAAACAUUAUAUCAUCUUACUGCUCCACAUCGCUUUUCUUCAGACAAGUAAUAUACACACCUAAUCAUGCUCAAGUCUCUGAUCGGUCUGGCCCUCGCGGCGACCGCAGCAGCCAAGGAGGUCACAUACUACUGGGAUGUCACCUAUACGAAGGCGAACCCGGACGGGCUCUUUGAGCGCCAGGUCUCGCUCAACGACACGCUGGUGGUCGAGAUGCGCAACUCGCUCAACGAGCUUACGACCCUGCAUGCGCACGGGCUGUACCAGAACGGCACCAACUACUAUGACGGACCCGACAUGGUGACGCAGUGCGGAGUUCCGCCGGGUAGCAACAUGACGUACCGGAUUCCGAUCCAGCAGACGGGCACGUACUGGAUCCACUCGCACUGGUCGGCACAGUACAUCGACGGCUUGCGGGCGCCCUUGAUCAUCAAAAAUCCCGACGAGCCGCACGAGUACGACGAGGACAUCACCCUGACAUUCGAGGACUGGUACCAUGACCAGUCGGCCGACCUGCUGCACGAGUUUUUGAACUGGAAGAACCCGGGCGGCGCCGAGCCUGUUCCCAACAGCGCGCUGAUCGGCAGCGUGGGCGGGGCGACCAAGAAGGUGCUGGACUUCAAGCCCGGCAAGACGUACAGGAUCCGUCUUAUCAACAUGUCGGCGCAGGCCAUGUUCCAUUUUUCGAUCGAUGGGCAUGAGAUGCAGAUCAUCGAGCCCAUGACCGUGGGCAAUCGGACAUCGGUGCUGGUGACGGCGCUGAACUCGACCGACAACAACUACCAGUUCCACGCAGACAUGGACAUCACCAUGUUUGACAGCACGCCGCCCGGGCUCGACUACAACUCGACCGGCAUCAUCCAGUACGCGGCCGAUGCGCCGAUCAAGGAGGGCUACGAGGCCGACUGGUCGUUCUUUGACGACGCCACCCUGGUGCCAUACAAGAAGGUGCCUGCGUUUGGCUUUGACGUGAACUACAACUUUGACGUGUGGUUCCUGCAGUUCACCGACUCGUUCAACCACUGGCACAUUCAACAACAACACCUGGCCAACAACAAGACCGUCUAUGGCCCGCAGACCAACGCCGAGGUGAUCCAGAACAUGCAGGAGGUGCAGUUUGUCAUCAACAACUACGACGCAGGCACGCACCCGUUCCACCUCCACGGCCACCACUUCCAGAUCGUCGGCCGUGGCGAGGCGCCCUACGACCCGACCAACAACCCGCGGCCCAAGACCCCGCCAAUUAUGCGCGACACCGUGACCAUCCCCAGCAUGGAGUACGUGGUGCUGCGGUUCCGCGCCGACAACCCGGGCGUCCAUCUGAUGCACUGCCAUCUGCUGUUCCACGCGCUGUCUGGGCUCAACAUGAUCUUUAUCGACCUCGAGGUGCCGCAGCAGAUCUACGACCACUGCGAGGCACGCGGCAUCAAGACGUCGGGCAAUGCUGCUGGCCGCGAGGGCUUUGACCUCACCGGUGCCCCGUACGGUCCGUUCGUGUACCCGCAGGGCUGGACCAAGAAGGCCAAGGGCGCGCUGGCCGGCUGUGUGAUCUCGGCGCUGCUGGGCAUCUGCACUAUUUUCUGGUACGGCUGGACCUCGCAGAAGGCUUACAAGCCCGUGAUGACCGUCGACCCGGCCGAGAACAUCAACCUGCGUGACGAGAACGAGCGGAUCGGCGAGGUUGCUCGUCUGUGAAAGCCCCUGUCUAAUUAAUUGCCUUUAAUCCAUUAUUUCGUUGUGCAACAGCAGCAACAACAAAGAAAACCUGUUACAUAA